AUGAAAUAAACAAAAAAGAGAGUUAGCUAUAUAAAAAAUUAAAAACCUACAAACAUUGAAUGGAUCCUCAAUCUCUUAGAUUAAAUACCUAAAUAUUAGCUAUAGUAAUCGAAUAUGAAGAAAAUAUAAGCUAUUUAAUUGAACAAACUUCAAGAUUGUGAUUAAUUACUCAAAUCAAGCUUAUACACUUAUGAUAACAAAAUUAACAAAUUUACAUAGAUGUAAUUUACUCUCUAUCCUAAUAUGCUUAUUGCUGAUAAUUAGGAAUACUUAGUUUUGUCAUCUUGCAUCAUGAAUAAGAAAAUAAUUUAGUAUAAGGAAUUUACAGCAUAAGGUGUAUAGUUGUUAAAUACUUAAGGUAAUCUAUUCUUAUUUUAUGAAUCCUAUGUCUAAUAACUCAAUGUAAAAAUCUUCUUUAUAUAUUUCUAGUGGGAAAAACAAUUGAAGAGAUUUUCUAAACUAUAAAAUUUUUCCAAUAAAUACACAAUUCAAGAAAAACUUUCUAUAUAAAAUCAUUAUGCCUGUGUUAAAAACAAAAACAGUAAAUUUUUAAUAUCAAUAUAGAUCGUGUUUACACAGUUCAAUUAAUAAGAUUAUCAAGUUUGAGUGAAUAACUCUAUGAAGCUUUGAUGAAUGAAAUAAACAUAUUGAUGUGUUUCAAAUAAAAUGGAUUACAUCAAUUUCAUGCUUUAUUUGAGGAUGGUGAUAUCCUCUAUAUAUUAUAUGAUUAUUGGGUAGGUGAUACAUUAUAUAAAUUAAUCUAAUAAGGUUUCAAAUUAACUGCUUCAUAAAUAGCAUAAACUAUUUUUCAAAUAAUCAAAGUCGUUCGUUUUUUACAUCAAAAUAAUCUCUAUCAUGGAGCCAUUCUACCAACCAAUAUUAUUUUACAUAGAGCUACUGCUCCAUAAAAUCAAUAAGGUUAACAAUUAAAAAUCACCUUAUUUAAUUUCGCUUAUAGAGAUGCCAAUCAAUAUAAUUUAACUUGGCUAAAUAAGAGAGUACCAAAAUAAUGGAUUCCUCCUGAAUUUAACAAUUUAUAAAUCAAAACUGAUUUUUAAAAUAUUGAUGGAUAUCAAAUUGGAGUUCUUUUGUACUAUUUGACUUUUCAUUCUAAUAAUGCAAAUAAAUCAUAAUUGUCUUUUUAUAAAUCACUAGACAACUUUAAAAUUGAUUACUAAUGGUUGAAAUCAAUUAAAUAAGAAUAAUAAUAAGAGUACUCUUUCUCUCUCAUAGAGUUACUCUGUGGAUUACUUGAUCCAGAUUUCUAAAAUAGAAUUACUUUGAAUAAUGCAUUAGCACAUUAGUGGUUGACUAAUUAGAGAUAAAAAUUGAAUUCUUAAAAUGAAAAACCUAAGAUAUUGCCAUCUUUAAGGACUAUUUUAGAAUUGAGAGAAUAAAGUUCUUGUGAAAUGCUAUCAUCCAGACUUGGUAAAGAAGAACUUCAUGUUACCAGUUCAAGUGAAGAUGAUAUUGAGUUCUGUGAUGAUGAAUACGUACAUAGAAUUUCAAAAGAAAAUAAUAAAAUACCAUAUUAUUAAAAUAUACUCAAUUUGAUUCCAAAUAAACAUCCAUCUAGAAAUAAAUAAAUUAUAGAUCAAUGUUAAGAGAGUUAAUUUUGA